GGAUGAACGUGCACAUGUGUCUCUGUAGAAGAGCGGCGCAGUUUGGAAUGCGUGGGGUUAGAGAGCGCUGUCUGUCCUAGUAGUAACAACUGCGGUGUCUGCUGGUGUUUAUAACUUGUUACUUUGGCUUUCUAGGAAUAUUAAGCAAUGUAUCGUUUGCCAAUGAUCAUGCGCCAGGUGAGGCCACUCUCCAGAGCACUGGCACCACAUUUAACAAGAGCAUAUGCUAAAGACGUGCGUUUUGGUGCUGAUGCCAGAGCAUUAAUGCUUCAGGGUGUCGAUCUCCUGGCAGAUGCUGUAGCAGUUACCAUGGGACCAAAGGGAAGAAAUGUCAUCAUUGAACAGAGUUGGGGAAGCCCCAAAGUAACGAAAGAUGGGGUGACAGUGGCCAAAGCAAUAGAUUUGAAGGACAAAUAUAAGAAUAUUGGUGCCAAGCUGGUACAGGAUGUUGCCAACAGCACAAAUGAGGAAGCUGGUGAUGGUACCACUACAGCAACUGUUCUGGCACGAGCAAUUGCUAAAGAGGGCUUCGAAAAGAUCAGCAAAGGAGCUAACCCAGUGGAAAUAAGGAGAGGUGUGAUGAUGGCAGUAGAUGCUGUCAUUUCAGAAUUAAAGAAACGGUCCAAGCCGGUCACUACACCAGAGGAGAUUGCACAGGUAGCAACAAUCUCUGCUAAUGGAGACAAAGAAAUUGGCAACAUCAUAUCUGAUGCAAUGAAGAAAGUUGGCCGUAAAGGUGUAAUAACAGUUAAGGAUGGAAAAACACUUCAUGAUGAGCUUGAAAUUAUUGAAGGCAUGAAAUUUGACAGAGGGUACAUUUCUCCUUACUUUAUCAAUACCUCCAAAGGCCAAAAAUGUGAAUUUCAGGAUGCCUAUGUUCUCCUGAGUGAAAAGAAGAUCUCUAGUGUUCAAUCAAUUGUUCCGGCUCUAGAGAUUGCAAACUCACAUCGCAAACCCUUGGUCAUCAUCGCUGAGGACGUGGAUGGAGAAGCUCUUAGCACAUUAGUAUUGAACAGGUUGAAGGUUGGCUUGCAGGUAGUUGCUGUGAAAGCCCCCGGUUUUGGUGAUAACAGGAAGAACCAGCUUAGGGAUAUGGCCAUUGCAACAGGUGGUGCAGUCUUUGGUGAUGAAGCCCUGGUCCUCAAUGUUGAAGAUAUUCAGGUUCAGGAUUUUGGAAAGGUGGGAGAAGUCAUAGUCACUAAAGAUGACACCAUGCUGCUGAAAGGGAAAGGAGACCAGGCCAGCAUUGAGUCACGCAUCCAGGAGAUUGUUGAACAAUUGGAGCUCACCAGUAGUGAGUACGAAAAGGAAAAACUAAAUGAAAGACUGGCCAAGCUUUCUGAUGGAGUAGCAGUACUGAAGGUUGUCAGGACUGCCUUGAUGGAUGCUGCUAGUGUUGCUUCUCUGCUAUCCACUGCAGAAGCCGUUGUUACAGAAUUGCCCAAGGAAGAAAAAGACCCAGCUAUGGGUGGAAUGGGCGGAAUGGGUGGUGGCAUGGGAGGUGGCAUGUUUUAA